AAGUACGCCCUUUUCGGCCCCCCAUUAGUCGACUCGGCUCGAGUUCACACACACCUCGCGACGUCACAAGUCCGUUGUCACCUCCAUGGCCCCGUCAACAACGACUCAUUCGGUAGCGGCUGCCUCUACGCCUGCACAACCCCCUGUACUUUCCAAGCAAAUGUCCAAUAGCAAUUCCUCAUCAAGACCGACAACUCCGCAGACGGCAAGAAACAGAUCUUCUCGACAGAGAAAGGAGCAGCCUUCUUUACUACACAUGCACGAGAGAGACGCGGCAGACAACAGCUCGGGCGAUCCAAACACAACAUCCGGACCAGCAAAUAGUGAAUUCUCCAACACAGCUUCAAGACAAGCACGUAACAAGCCUCUUCCCACCGCCUCCCAACUUAGGCAGAUGGAAUCUAGCGACUCUCCCGUCGACCGCCCGCGAGGCAUCAUCAACCUGCCCAAGCAGAAACUUGAUGGUCCGGCAAGAUCGAGAUCCCGGCCUGCUCGAGAUUCGGCCGUCAGACAGGGGGAUGUGAUCGAGGGUGCGGGACCUCUGCCAACUAGCAAGGACCACAACAGGGCGACCGAGAAUAAGAGACGAACGAGACCUCCCAAAGGUCUCAAAGGCCGGUCCGCCGCGGAUGAUCACACGACCGAAGACGAUGUCUUUUCAGCCGGCGUGCAUCAUCCACCUACAUUUGGCAAGCUCGCAACUCCCUCCAAAGACGUCAAUCCCAGUCGUCGGCCUCGCCACAACAGGACCGUCUCUGAGCCGUUCAGCGUCCAGAGUGGCGUAGGUGGGGAUGACUCCUUUGUCCAGCAUGAACCCAGACCUCUACCUAGUCAACGCGGCUCACGAAAGCGUCGCAAAGACAAGGACAAGGAUAAGGGGGGAGGAGGCAGGGGUGGAGUUGGAGUCAACGAGGUGCCGCUGGCUCCAGCUCUGGGCGACCUUCAUAUUCAGCAUCGCACCGACGCAGGGUCUGACUCGGCUACGCAGCCCCCCAAACGCACCGGGCUACGAUUCCCUUUGACCGAAGAAGACGACGGCGAAUCGACCGCGUCGGAUGAUGACGACUCUGGAGUCGCUUUCGAUCGGACACUGCCUAUCGAAGAGCCAAACCCUGGACGUCCCUUUGGCGACCUCAACAACGCUGGGGCUAGGCUGCUUCACGAGUUGAGGUCUUUAAGCCAGAGCGCUCCCGGCGGAAAGAGCUACUUGGCAGACCACGUGAGGGCGGACGAUGGUUACGGCUCGGGUUCGGGUUAUGGCUCAGGCCAGGGGGACCAAAUCAAUCGCCCUGGCAGGGACGAUCGAAGACGUCAGCCCAAUGUCGCAGGACGCAGGGGUGAUUUGCAGGACGAGAGCGCCGUUUGGGAGAUGCCAGGCUUGCAGGAAAGAGGUAGCGGGACAGAUCUCACUUGGCAGCAAUCGCUUCUGGCCUCCCCAGCUGUCAAUACACGCACUCAGACACCUCGUCGUGCCAAAGCUAUUACCCCUUCCGCUGCGCCAAACACCAACAAGCGAAACGCAUCGGCCAGAGUGACCCAAGGUUUCACCCCCACCAAAUCUCAAAUUCGGGAUCAAGAAACCUUUGGGUCCAUGCCGGCGGCCGUUCCUGCUCAAUUCCGAAGCGGCCCAUCCGGCUUUGCGACCCCGAUGAAGCAUAACCAGCGCUUACAACACGCCACCGACCAACGACCUCAUCCGCAUCAUACCAUGUCUGCGCCGCCGAAUGGAUUCGCUGUCAUGGAGCCUGUGAAACGAUCGAUCGCCGACGACGUCAAGGUCUAUGCGGGACCAACUUUCCAUAACAGUCCCAGCGCGGAUAGUUUACCCGCACCCAGGAUGAAGGGAGCUUAGACGGGA